AUAAAUGUAAAUUAGUUAAUGGCAGCUGCUUUUGAAUAGUUUUUCUUUUCGAUACUGGUGUCUUUUCCCUCAAUAAUAUGGGCGAGACUUGUUAAUAAAGAGGAGGAAUCGUUCGGAAGUGUGGAUUAUUCAGACAAUACACUGUAUAAUUAUAAUAAUGGAAGAACUGAAAAAGGAUGACUUGCUGAGUGAGAUACAAAAACUACAAGAAAAAAUUGACAGUGAUCCUACUGCGCAGAAAGUAUUAUCGCUUCUCCAAACGUCCAAGGCCCUUGACAGACAAGAAUCUGAACUCCAAUCUAGGUGCCUCUUAGAACAUGGUAAAUUGCAAACUAAGGUUGAUGAGUUUGAGGAGCUACUGCAAAGAGGCAAAGAGGGGAUGUUCUCUGAAUGUUUGGACCAUACUUUUCAGGUUUCCGCUGAGAAGCUUGAUUCUGCAAAGAGGGAACUUGCAGCUAAUUUGAGGUCAACUCUGUCAUUUAAACGGCAGCUCGAUGAUGUGCCAUCACAAGCUGAACUCAUUCAGUAUGAACUCCGGUUUUCAGAACUUUAUACUCAUAUACAGGUCAUGGAUCGUCAAACCCGUAAAUACUAUGCUACUUACAACACAUUGUUGGAGAUAAAAGAAUUGAUGCUAAAGGAAACAUCGUUACUGAACUCCAUAAGGUCACAGUUCAAAGAUGCUCUUACUAGCCCUGCUGGUCGAAAGAAAUUAAUUGAUUCCAUGGAAGGAAUUCUGCACGGGACUCAACAGAAGCUGGAAAAGGUGCAAAUUGCUCUACAGCCAGAGCAGAAAGCUCGUGAAGCUCUCAAGGGAAAAUAUGCAGCUGUAGUUUCAGAGCAAAGGCAUUACAAUUCUAUCCUAAAGGAUUUCCAGAAUACAUCCUGCUAAAGUUUGGCUCAUUGAGGGACACAAUAUAGAAACAGAGUAGCAUGUGGACUCUGCAGCUUGGUAUCUCUAUAAACCUCUCUAGACCACGAAGAUCUGACGAGCCUGUCUUAAUAGCUCUGUAGUGCCCGCGGGUAUUGUAAACCAGUCAUUUUAGUUUAGUGGGAACUAUCUUUAUUCAUUUCUAAUCUUCGAUGAAUUCUCGUAAUGUUAUGUUAGGGUUUAUACAGUACUUUGGUUUACUCCAGUUUUAGUGGGUUUUCAAUGAGAAGAUGCGCACUGAUGUUCAUCUAUAACACCCAUAAGUCAUGUUUACUCCAUUUGUUAAUGGCUCUUCAACAAGCAAAGGUGCCCUGGGGUUGAUUUUAUUUCCCUAUUAUUGUUGGCAGGGGUGUACAUGGACCGGGUUGUGUCGGGUUAUUAAAUCUAUAAACCAAACCAAAUCAAUAAAAGUUGGGUUUUUUUAUAUUAAUUUUUCUCGGAUUUUUUUGGAUUUUUCGGAUUUUUUCGGGUUUCUCGGGUUUUUCAUAGUAUAUAAUAAAAAGCACAGAGCAGUGCUUCUUAAAAAGAGUUCUAGUACAAAAUAUCAACAUAUAAGAUGGAGGCAGAACACU